AAACAAGUACAGUAAAUUCCGUCCCAUUUCAAUUUCAAUUUCAAUUUCAAUUUCAAUUUCAAUUCACCAAUGACUCUUCGUUUCCAUUCUCUCUCUGCAAAAUUCAUGUUGUUUUCUUCUAGAUGAGCCAUAGCUCGAAGCGAACCACCAUCACCGCCGCCAUUAACAGAGCCCUUCGUUUACCAGUCCUCCUCCGCCUCUACGAUAAAACCGCCCACUUCAUUUUCCCUCUCCUCCGCCGUUUGAUUUCAAAAUCCAUCCGCUUUAUGGACUCCAUUCUCUACUACAACGAAGACGACGACCUUUACUCCACCCCAUUCGACCACUCUUUCCUCGCCCCUUCCUUCUCCGACCCCGUCGAAUCCAUCUUCCUCGUCCCCUUCCGCUGGUGGAAGGAGGCGGUGUGCGGCGGCGGCGUGGUUGAUGGAGCGAGUGGAGUUGGCGGUGUUUUGUACAAUACAACGGUACAAUUGAAUGUUGCUGGUAAGUACCGUGAUAAUGACGACGAUAAUUUCAUUGGGGUUUUUGGGGAUUCCGAGGUUUUGGUGGCUAUGAGCAGACAGGAGGAGUCUGGGAUUAGUGGAGAAGAAGCUGAUUCCGGUGGUGAGGGGGAUUUGGCUUUAGUGUCGGAGUGGAUGUUCUUCAGUGCGCUUAAAUGGCAUUACGAUAUGAAGGAUGUAGAAAGUUUUUUACGUGAAGAAGGUAGUGCAUAUGAAUUAUUCUCUUCACAAAUCCGGCUUUCGUACGUGAGGGAAACAAGACAAUUGGUCAUCAAGAUUAGCCAAAAGGACAAUGAAGUUGGAUUUGCCAAAGCACGCAGUAUAUUUUGUGCCAAAUGUGGAGUGUUGCAAGUUUGGGACUUCUCAGGACAGACAAACCAGCUAUUUGUUGCCGAUAAAAACUCAUAUAUGGGUUCAGGCCAAUCAGAUGAAGAGAUUCUCUUAGAGUUGCAAAUUUAUGGCUUGUCUUCUACCAUCAGAGACGAAGAAAGGAGAAAUGAUGAUAUGGCAGUGGAGCAGUCUUGGGUUGAUGAACCCUCAUCCAGUUCUUCACCUAGGAUGAAUGGCAGUGUGGAUAAAGUGAACUUUUUUUCUAGAGUGCCACCACCCUUUGCAUUUAAUAGUAGCUUUUAUGGCCCUGGUGCGUUGGGCUUGACUGGAUUGCAUAAUCUUGGAAACACUUGUUUCAUGAACAGUGCUAUUCAGUGCUUGGUGCAUACACCGAAGCUAGUUGAUUAUUUUCUUGGGAACUUCAGGAAAGAUCUGAAUUAUGAAAAUCCUCUAGGAAUGAACGGAAAGCUUGCUAUAGCAUUUGGGGACUUAUUGAGAAAAUUGUGGACUCCCGGGGCAACACCAGUAUCUCCAAGGAUGUUCAAGUCGACUAUCUCUAGUUUUGCUCCCCGUUUUAGUGGAUACAACCAGCACGAUUCCCAAGAAUUUCUUUCUUUCUUGUUGGAUGGACUACAUGAAGAUCUCAACCGUGUGAAAAUGAAACCUUAUAUAGAGACAAAGGACGACGACUCUCGUCCGGAUGAAGAAGUGGCAGAUGAAUACUGGAAAAACCAUUUAUGUCGCAAUGAUUCAGUCAUAGUUGAUUUAUAUCAAGGUCAAUAUCGGUCAAUGCUGGUUUGUCCUGUUUGCAAAAAGUUGUCAACAACUUUUGACCCAUUUAUGUACCUGUCAUUACCGCUUCCUUCUUCAACACUACGAAAGAUGACUUUGACAGUCUUGAGUUCUGAUGGAACUACUUUGCCACAUCCGGUUGUAGUCACAGUCCCGGACGAUGGGACAUUCAAAGAUCUUGUUGUGGCCCUCGGCGAAGCUUGUUCCUUAAGACACAAUGAAACAUUUUUAAUUGCUGAGAUAUUUAAUAAUUCAAUCCUUAGAGUAUUGGAAGACCCAGAUGAUUCGUUAGGGCUAAUUAGAGACAAUGACCAACUUGUAGCCUAUAUAUUGCCGACGGAAAUGGAUGGAUCUCCUUUGGUUGUGUUUAUGCAUCAACAAGAGGAGAAGUCAUUUAUUCAUUCUUCCCCAUCUUUCAAGAAGUUCGGCAUUCCUCUCGUGACAAGGAUAUCUGAUUUUUCAAAAGGAUCUGAGAUACAUAAAGAGUUUCUUAAGCUCCUCAAUCCCUUCAUACUCCCCGUUGAAGAGUCCCUUAACGACGCUUCGCGAAAGAGGGCCCACGAAGAUGAAGAAUUGGAGGACACUGUCCCUGAUGGAACUGCUAACUCGAAUAAUGAAACCGAAAACGAUUUAGAUGCUCACUGCAGCUUCGAAUAUUACGUAGAAAAUGGCAAAUCUCACUCAAAUUGGUCGAAGAUAGAGAUGGAUGAACCAGUGCCUAUACCUAUACCAAAGCUAAACCAGCAAAUUGACAUGAUUGUCUCUUGGUCAGAGAAAUCGAUUCAGGAGUACGAUACUUCAAUUCUAAGCAUGUUGCCCGAAGUAUAUAGGACUACAUUUUCAUCAAAGUGGAAUCAAGAUUCCAUUUCGCUCUAUAAAUGUGUCGAUGCCUUCUUGAAAGAAGAACCUCUUGGCCCAGACGACAUGUGGUACUGUCCUAACUGCAAGGAGCAUAGGCAAGCCAUCAAGAAGUUGGAUCUUUGGAGAUUACCGGAUAUCCUGGUCAUUCAUUUAAAAAGAUUUUCGUAUACUCGAUUUUUUAAAAACAAGCUGGAAGCUUUUGUAGACUUCCCAAUUGACGACUUUGAUCUCUCUAAUUACGUAAUCCCGAAGAAUAACAUGCCUCGCCAUCGUUACAAGUUAUAUGCUGUGAGUAACCAUUACGGUGGCUUGGGUGGCGGCCACUAUACUGCAUUUGCAAAACAUGGGCUCGAUAGGUGGUUUGAAUUUGACGACGGACGUGUCUUUGGUGUUACCGAGGAGCAAAUAAAGACACAAGCUGCAUAUGUCCUCUUUUACAAGAGAAUCUAAGCUUUACACACUCUAGAAAGGCGGUGAGUUAGAUUCUGUUGUAUCUUUUUUCGGGUCCUUUCAUUUUGUGGGUAGAGGAAAUCAAUUUUUUUCUUUCUUAGACAUACAUAUAUGCCAACAUUCAAAACCCCCUUACGACAAGAAACGGAUUUUCUUGAAAACAGGGGAUUUUGUGUUGCACUAACAACAUUUUCAUGGGGGUAUAGAAAAGUCGGUCGAGACAUUCUUAGUGCUUUUUGCAGAGGAAUAUGCUUGUGCAGAAAAUACUUGACAUAAUUGUAUAUAUUAAUGUCGACGAAUACAUAGGUAGACUCCGUGGUUUUAAUUAGCUAAAAUUGCCUUAUCUCUCUCUCGUGUUUUCCUUGGUUGUUUCUUUUGUGAAAUUCCGGGGACUUUCUUUAGUAUACGGCAUCUAAAUCUGAAAUGUGAUAUUACAAUAUUUAGUAUGAGCUUUAUCUGUGAUACUUACUUAUCGUGGGCGAUUAGCAUUCUCGAUUAUUAGACUAGUUUCUGCAGCUGUUUGUAUUGGUUAUUAUUUGAAGCAUGUGUAAUACUAAACGAGAGCAAAAUAUAUGCUACGCCGAGUGAAGUGUACAU